UGAUAAAAAUUAUUAUCAUGCUCCUCAUCUAACCAUAUUUUCCAAGCCUUUGAUGCCCUUCCAGCAUGUUUAAUCUUCAAACACAGUAAGUAUUAACUCUCUUCCUGACAAGUCUGUCUCAUCUUGCUCCACUGUUGCUGUUGCGAACAAAUUGCUGAUCCCCUUCUAGUGCAAAAUAUGCUCAUGUCAACGUCACUGUGAAGCAAGUGGAAAGUGCAGAUCACCAUCCUUCCUGGUAAACUAUUGGAUGAAUUCUUUCAUAUCGAUGACCCAGAAAGAGGGAAGGAAUGAUCAUUACUAGGGAAUCUAGGUAUGAAUAAAAUCUCGAUUAAAUCAAUUUAAUUUUUUUAAUAAAAUUUAGAAUUUGAUUAAACCAACUAUAUCUAAAUCUCAACUUAUAUAUUAUGAUCAAUUUUUAUAUGGGUUCUGUUUAUUUGAUUCGAUUUGUUUGAAAAAGGAAAAAAAAUCAACUGGGUCGAUUCUAUUUUCCAUUAAUCAAAUAUAGAAGUUGAGAGCUUCUGCCAUUAGUCUACCAUUAGAAUCCUACCAAAGAGAAAGGUGUGAGUGAAGAAGGAUGAAGAGCCAUAGGAGUGCUCAGAAGGCUGCUGUGCACAGGAAGACAGGGAAUGCUCUCUUCUUCCUCGCCAUGCUCAUGGCCCUCUGCGUCCUCUCCCUCCUCAAGGCUCGCUGCUUCUCUGCUCCUCUUGGCCGGUCUCUGCCUGCAGCAGAUGCACAGGAACAUGCCGAAAUGGAAAGGUCGAAGGGCUCCGCGACGGCGGCGGCGGAGAGCGAAGCAGAGGCUGCGGGGAACAGGGCGAUAUGCUUCGAAACGAGCAAGAGAUCCGACGUCUGCGAAGCCCAAGGAGACAUCAGAAUCCAUGGAAGCGGCCACACAAUCUUCCUAGACCCUUCCAUUACAGAUCGAGAAUGGAAGACGAGGCCGUACUGCAGGAAGCACGAUCCGCCGGCGAUGGAGAACGUAAAGGAGUGGGCGAUGAGGCCUUUCCCCGGCGGCGACGUCCCGCCGCUUUGCACCGCGAAUUACUCUGUUCCUGCGCUUGUCUUUUCGAUCGGAGGGUUCACCGGAAACCUUUUUCAUGACUUCACCGACGUCAUCGUCCCCCUCUUCGUCUCCUCCUACCGAUUCAACGGCGAGGUCCGGUUCGUGAUCGCCGACGCGAAGCCCUGGUGGGUGAGCAAGUUCGCGUUGAUCCUCAGGCGGCUCUCCAAGUACGACGUGAUCGACGCGAGGAGCGAGGAGGCGGAGGCGGUGCGGUGCUUCCCCCGCGUGGUGGUCGGGCUGAGCUUCCACAAGGAGCUCGGCGUGGACUCGUCGAGGACGCCGACGGGGUACUCUGCGGCGGACUUCAAGGCGAUGCUGCGGGAGGCGUACGGGCUGGAGAGGAAGACUGCGGCGCCGGCGGGGGACGAGUGGGACAUCCGGCGGAAGCCGCCGCGGCUGCUGAUCAUCUCGCGGAGGAAGACGCGCGCGUUCCUGAACGAGCGGGGGAUGGCGGACAUGGCGGCGAGCCUGGGGUUCGACGUGCGGACGGCGGAGCCGGAGAGCGUCACCGACCUGGCCAAGCUCGCGCGGCUGGUGAACUCCGCCGACGUGAUGCUGGGCGUGCACGGCGCGGGGCUGACCAACCUGGUGUUCCUCCCGGCCGGCGCCGUGCUGAUACAGGUGGUGCCGAUGGGCGGCCUCGAGUGGCUGGCGAGGGACGCGUUCGGGCGGCCGGCGCCGGAGAUGGAGAUCGAGUACAUGCAGUACGUGAUCCAGGAAGACGAGAGCACGCUGAGGGAGCAGUUCCCGAAGGAGCAUCCGGUGCUGAAGGAUCCAUCGGCGAUCCAACGACAAGGAUGGAGUGCGAUGAGCAAGAUCUACCUGGACAACCAGAACGUGAGGCCGCACCUGGGAAGGCUCAGGAACACGCUCAUAGAGGCGAUCCAGCACCUGCCUCACGCCCGCCAUCAAUCCUGACUUCUUCAAAUUCUACAUUUUUGCUGCUGUUUUUUUUUUCCUUUCACAUUUAUCGAUUUUUUGUUUCCUCUGACGUUAGAAAUUUCGCACUGUUGUCUGGGUGCUUGAGCAUUGUUAAUUUUGGGAAGAGCGUAUUCGUCUUUUAUCA